AUGGGCAAGAAAAAACAACGUCCUUCUUCUUCCCGUCUCAACCCACCGCCACCAUCCACCACUACUGCUUCCGCCUCUGAAACGCCACAUCCACAGCCACAGCGACCGCCACCGGCUGAAUCAUCACUAUACCCUGUGAUCUUUCGUGAAGGCUCAAAGGUUCAGGAGGAAAUGAAACGUGGGAACUACGAGAAGGCCUUACAGAUAGUGAGGAAAUCAAUUUCUAGUCACAAACGCUCGCCUUACCUUAUGUACCUUGAAGCUGUUGUUCUCCAGCUUCUUGCGAAAACAAAAGCCAGAGAUUCCAAGGAAAUGGUGAGAUACUUAAAAGACGCAAGCGACUCCGUUGGGUUCGCUGUGCAUUCAUUGCCCCCUUUGCUGAAUGAUAAAGAUUGGGGUGAAGCGACUCAAGAAUGCAAGAGCCUGUUAAACCUAAAGAUUGAGAAUGUAACUGACCCGGGUGUGGAUAUGUUUCUUGAAGAGAAUGAAAAGGCGAAUUCUAGUAAAGAUUCAAGAAUUGAGUAUGAGAAGCAAGUGAUUACGCAGUAUUUACAGCUUUGUGAGGAAGAGCAGAAGAGAGUUGAAAAGGUUGUUAAGGAGAGAGUAGAAAAGACAAGUGGUACAUUACAGGAGAUCAAGAAGGAGUUUGAAACAGAAAUCAAGAACUGGCGUGCGAUGAAACAGGUGAAGACUCAUUAUGGUAUGGAGAAGUACUAUGAGGUUUAUGAUGUAAAGAGAGUGGAAUAUAAGUCCUUCUGGAAUACAUUAAGUGCUGAGAAGAAAAGGGAUUUCUUUAAAGUGAGUCUUGAGGAGCUUCAAAGACAUUGGACAUCAAUAAAUGUUCAUUUGGCAGGCAAGGAAGCCAUUGAUUUUGCUAAAGAACACAAAACUUGGAUGUGUUGGGAGUGUUGUGAUUGCCGCCUGAAGUUUGGAGAUUUGGGGUUGUAUAGAAAACAUUCCAGAGAGUUUCAUUGGAGGAAUCUUGAUGGGGUGGAAUUGGAGUUUCAAAUUCCUGGUAAAGUGAUUGCGUUUAUUGAGAAUGGUGAGUGGAAGCCUUUAGAUGCUGAAUACUGGGUAGAUAAAAUUCUAAGUAAGAUAGAAUCCGAGUCUUUUAGUUCCUCCAAUUGUGAUUUGUUUGAUGAGCAAACCUUAAAUGAGAGUCUGCAAGAUUUGAUUGGCUGUGAAACUAAUGAGAAUGAAUUAGCUGAGCGUGUAAUGAUUCUCAAGGGUAUCCGUGGGAUGCUUCGCUUGUUUCUCCUACAUAAUUGUCUUGCAAAGACAUAUCUUGAUUGGGCAAUACAAUUUACAGUUGAAGAGUUUGAGGAUCUAAUUCCAUUUUCACAACGUCUUGGGGUGGAAGCCAUUCAGAUCAUAUGCCUUUUGAGAGCAACAGAGCUAAGACAGGUUCAACGAUUCUUUCAGAAACUCACUGAUAUUAUUGGCAAACUUAUAAAUCCUAAAUUGGUUAGUCUUAUAGAUGAUAAUCUUAGUUGUGUUCAAGUGUUUGAUAUCAAUGAGAAAGUUGAAAUUGGUGAAGUAUUAACAAGUCGCCUUUUGGAUGAGAGAUUCCUAAGGGGAGAUGAGAUUUGUCUAAGUAAUGAUUCUGGAAAUGUUAAAGAUGAGAUUCUUCUGCACAGUGAUGAAUUACUAUCAUGGCUAUGUGAAGGCGCAACCAUCCCAAUAGCUCUAAAGGCAUGCCUCAGUUUGAAAGAUUCUCAAAAACAGAAAUCAAAAGAGAUUUUUCAGAUAUUUCGAAAAGAAUAUUCACAAGAUGAACAAUUAUAUGAUUCUAAGUUAUGCAGUGCAACUAGAAUCACAUUGAAAGCAAUUGAGGCAGUUGAGAGUAUCCGUCCUAAAGAGAUUGAGGAGGGGGAUAAAAGUAUAGCAGAGUCUUAUUUUAGACUCUUGAAGAAGAGAGAAAAGGAACUUGACGGGAUGUUUGAUAUCCCUUGUAUGAUUGAGAGAUCUUUGAUUUCCAAUGUUUUAGAGGAUAUUCUAAAUCGAGCGAAACAUCUAGCAAGCUUAUCUAGUCAAAGAACUGAAUCUGAAAGUUUGAGUGAAGCAGAUGAGUUGAAAAUGCUUGAAGACUUGGAAUUUGGUGAAGAUUUGGUAAGAAUAACAUUACAGAGGAACAGAAUAAAGUCACUAGAAGAUCUGGCCUUUGUCAAGGCAAGAUUGUCAUCAGAUGUUUGUGCCAUAAUGCAGCACGAAUUGAAACUUGAGAAGGUGUCCUUGUAUGACUACAGGUCAAUCAUUUUGCCAUUGUUGAAGUCAUUUUUGCAGGCAAAUCUGGAACAUCUGAAGUAUGAGUAUACAGCAGCAGCUCUUGCAUCAGAGAUUGAUGACAGCAAUAUAAGCAGAAAAGGUUGUGACAAUGCUCCAGAAAAUCAAGAUAAAAAGAAGAAGAAAAAGAAAAAGAAGAAUAUUUCUGACAAGGAUAAGAAAUCCAAGGCAACUGACUCCAAUGAACCCGUUCAGCUCCAUCAGAAAGAUGUUGAACAAGCAGACAAGCCAGAUUCUGAGCUUGGGGUUACUGCAAGGGUUGAAGACUUGCAAGAAUCGAUGUUGAACGAAUCGAAACUGCUCGAUAAACGUUUGGAGGAACUAAGGAAAAUUGAGAAUGAGUUUGCUGAGAAAAGAAGGUCACAAGCUGAAGCUGAAAAUGUUGAAGGUCUAAAUCUUGAUUCUUCUGAUAAAGUAACAAAGACUGCUGAUGAGUUGGAGACGGCGAAGGCCGUAAAGAAUGAAUGUGGGCAAGAGGAGGUUCCAGAGAAGAAUGAAGGUGAACAAGAGGAGGUUUCAGAGAAGAAUGAAGGUGAGCAAGAGGAGGCUUCAGAGAAGAAUGGAGGUGAGCGAGAGAAGGCUUCAGAGAAGAAUGGAGGUGAGCGAGAGGAGGCUUCAGAAAAGAAUGGAAGUGAGCAAGAGGAGGCUCCAGAGAGGAAUAAAGGUAAGCAAAAGGAGGCUCCAGACAGGAGUGAAGUUGAGCAAGAGGAGGUUUCAGAGAGGAAUGAAGCUGAGCAAGAGGAGGUUUCAGAGAGAGAUGAAGGUGAACAAGGGGAGGUUUCAGAGAGAGAUGAAGGUGAGCAAGAGGAGGUUUCAGAGAAGAAUGAAAGUGAGCAAGAGGAGGCUUCAGAAAAGAAUGAAGGUGAGCAAGAGGAGGCUCCAGAUAGGAAUGAAGGUGAGCAAGAGGUGGCUCCAGAGAAGAGUGAAUGUGAGCAAGAGGAGGCUCCAGAGAGGAAUGAAGGUGAGCAAGAGGAGGCUCCAGAGAAGUGUGAAGGUGAGCAAGAGGGGGCUCCAGAGAAGGGUGAAGGUGAGCAAGAGGGGGCUCCAGAGAGGAGUGAAGUUGAGCAAGAGGAGGUUUCAGAGAGGACUGAAGGUGAGCAAGAGGAGGUUUCAGAGAAGAAUGAAGGUGAGCAAGAGGAGGUUUCAGAGAGAGAUGAAGGUGAACAAGAGGAGGUUUCAGAGAGAGAUGAAGGUGAACAAGAGGUGGUUUCAGAGAAGAAUGUAGCUGAGCAAGAGAAGGUUUCAGAGAAGAAUGAAGGUGAACAAGAGGAGGUUAUAGAGAUCAAGAUGGAGGAUUUGGAUUAG